AUUUCAGGACCUCAAUGGGAUCUAUCUGAGUAGAAUCUGCAGAUGUGGAUGAGAUGUAUCGCUCUGGCAGCGCUGAUGAAAGUUGCGACGACCAAAUGCGAGAUUGAUCAAUUAUCAGAUUGCACUCGAUGCUGCUCUAUUCUCUUCUCAACACCGGACUGCGACCCAAAAAAUGCUCUGCGGAUCAGGAUUAAUGGCAAUGGAGUGCUUGGAGCCGUGUGGGACGACGCGCCUGUGGCCGCUAUCGUCAAAAACGGGUGUCUCCUGGAGUUAUGGGACUUCCGGAAUCAAACGGGUAGUCAUCGCGCCUUCGGUCUGGAUGGGUACGAAGUAUACCAAUUUGAUCGGUACGGAUACGAAAUGAUAGCUUCGAGUGCACGGUGCACUUGUAUAAAUUCAUCAUGAAAAUUGCACGCUGUACCACUUUGUCGCACCAAACAUGUGUAUACUACCUUAUACUUUUAUAUCUCUACAGGCAUGUAUCAUCUCAGUCUCUGACCGAUUCGACAUCCAACGACUCCUCAUUGGAGAAGUUUUUUUGCUAGCACAAGACUUAAU